AUGCCAAGCUUUAACUUACAAUUGAUGUUGUUCUUAAUGUUUAUGUAUGUAGCGUAUUUUGCUAUCUGUGAUCGUUGCUGCUUAAUCAAUCGCCACGAAUUGCCGCAAUACGAUCUAAUAAAAACCAAUUUGCACUCGAGUCAACCGAUCAUAUCACGAAGAGUGGUUUCCCACGUGAACGAGUGUAAGAAAUUCGCCACGUCGAAGAAAGCUCUCGCCUUCAAUUUUAUUUCCGCGAGAAACCGCACCGGUGGACAAGAAAACUCGUGUCAAGCUCUUCAAUGUCCCGAAGAUCAGAAUAUGACGACCCUCAUGCCCGAGACAAAUUGCAAAUAUUACAGCAUGUAUCCCGUUUUAUCUCCGCCCGUGAAUGCUACGAUGGAGUGCAUUCCUAAAGCGGGGAUGUUUUUAUUCUCGUCCGAAGUACUGAAUUACACGGAGGCACGAAGUUUUUGCCAGAAACGAAACGCAUCGCUCGCACAUGUGAUAAGCGAAGAGCGCACGGAAGGCCUCGGCAAAUUAAUGUCGCAGAAUUUUUCCAGAUUCGUUGGUCUCAGCAGCGAAAGGAAUGAAAGAAUUUGGAAGAACGAAUUCGGUGAACCCUUAUCUUGCUUCGAUUAUCGAGCGUGGGGCGAAGGACAGCCGUCACACUCGAAGGGUUGUGUUGCUCUCACAAAUCCGUUUGCUAAAAGUUCGCCGCCCUUCUGGAAAGUGAUGCCGUGUCACGCAUUGCUGCCGUUUAUUUGUGAAAUCUCACCGUUGUCUCGAGAAACUUCGAAGCGGCGUUAUGGGAAUCACACAUGAUACGUCAUCAUGCAUGAUACGAUUAAAUGUAUAAUCAAAUGCAUUUCAUGAGAGAAGCAAUUAUACAUAUAAUA